AUGGAUAAAAGCAACCUUAUAAAAGAGAUAAAAAAGCUGCAUUCGCUUGUUAAGACAACGCGUAUCCACAUCAUGCGUAAGCUCAUACGCGACAAGAAAGUUUGUGCCUCCAAAGCAACGUCGAACAGUUCGAAUGACGGUGCCAAAAAGAAAGCAGAAACAACCGAGGCCAUUCUUAACCACAUAAAAACGAUGUCUCCUUCGGUGCUUAUCGAAGCAGUGUUACAAUAUCAACCGUUGAAGAAUGGCGAAUCGUUGGAAUCAGCACCAUUGGAGCAACAAAGCAUGGCCCGGUUUCUGCAAGAUCCGAAACUUGAUCGUUAUCUAAAAUCCCUCGAAAACCAGUUGGGUGCUGGUGCAAAUGCGAUACUCCUUGAUGCGCUUCAAAAAAAGCGAACGAUCAAAUAUUCUGUAGCUAAAAUACAGCAAAAGGAACGAAUCAAGAAAGUGCUGCAAAACAAGAAGGAAAAUCGAAAAAAUCAAAGAAAGGAGAUAAAAUCGCUGAAGGAAAAGGCCAGGACAUCAAAACAAUCAUCAACCGAUGGACCAAAUCCAUCGCACGGGACCGAUGAUGAUGAGAAACAAACGACGGUAGUAUGUGAUACCUACGAGUCCGACGAUAAUUCUGAAGAAGAGUUUGAUAAGCAAAGGCUGGAAUCUGAUGAAUCAGAUACCGAGGAGGAAUCAGACCAGGAAGAAAGGCUGAGCAUAUCCGUGAGUGAAGACGAGAAUUGUUCUAGCGAUGAAACAGCAAGUGACCAAGCUGUAGUAGAACCACAGGUUAAAAGAAAUGGUGAAGCAAAACAGAAAGAUACUCCUCAGUUAGUAAAACCAUCCAUCAGCAAGCCGAAUCAAUCGGAUAUACAAAACAUGAAAAGUUCCAACAAAAAGAACGACAUGAAUUAUAAAGCACCUGAGGAAGAAGAUGAGCAAGAUGGAUAUGAGAUGGUAACGGAUAGCUUCUUCGUGACGGACACCGGCGAACAGUAUAAGGCGGUAGCGCCAAAGCUCAAACCAACGGCUGAUGACGAUGUUGAAAGUGAUGAUGGUAAGCAAAGUUGGAAGUUAAAGAACAGAAGAAAACGAAGAGAAAAACAGAGUUUAGAAACUGAUCCUACCGAAGCAUUUGCCACAGAUUUGAAUCAGGCGAAGCAAAGGAAAGUGAACAAUUUUACGAAAGAAAAAUUCACUACUAACAAACAGACGUAUACGUCCGUAAAAACUCAGAAUUUGCAUCCAUCGUGGGCCGCAAAGCAGGCGCAGAAAGGUAUCAAACCUUUCGCAGGGAAGAAAGUUAUGUUUGACGCUGAAGACGGUGGUGUAAGCUCUUCAACUUAUGCCCAGCCAGCUCCGGCUAAGUUCAAAACAAAAAAUGAUAAUCUUCAUCCAUCAUGGGCUGCAAAACAAGCACAGAAAGGAAUCAAACCCUUCACUGGGAAGAAAAUAGUUUUCGACACUGAAAAUACUAACAGUGUUGAGAAUACAAAUUCUAAGAAAUCCUUCAAUCGAACGCGCGAUCUUCAUCCAUCAUGGGCCGCCAAGCAAGCGCAAAAUGGAAUUAAAUCUUUCACCAGUAAAAAGACGGCAUUUAACGAUGAUGGAAAUAAUACAAAUGACUUUACCAGAAGAGUAGCGCCAAAAAGCAUUUCAAAGAAAGAUCUUCAUCCGUCAUGGGCAGCAAAACAAGCGCAAAAUGGUAUCAAACCAUUUGCCGGGAAAAAGAUCACCUUCAACACUGAUGAUACAGGCAAACGCAACAAACCCGGUGCCAUAAAACUAACUUCGACAUCGAAAGCGCCGAAAGGUACCGAUUUGCAUCCCUCUUGGGCUGCAAAACAGGCACAGAAAGCUAUUCUUCCCUUUGCUGGUAAGAAGAUAACAUUCGACAGUGAAAAUAAGGCAAACGAAUCAACAACAGCGCCGAGAUUUCUUACCGGAGCUUCGAAACAUCACGGUAACGUUGGCUCCAAAUCACAACCUAACAACACUGCCUCGGUCCAUCCAUCCUGGGCAGCGAAACAGGCACAGAGUGGAAUCAAACCAUUCGCGGGCACGAAAAUAAGUUUUGAUGACUAA